AUGGCCUCAACACAGGGUCGAUACGUGCCGCCUCACCUCCGCAAGGCGCAACUCAAUGCAGGCGAUGCUCCUCCGAUAGCCAACAAUCGUUCACCGGUGCCUCGAUCACCUGCUGGCGGCAGCAAGUGGUCUUCCUCAACCCCUCCGUCUGGGGGCAACGAUCGGCGGCCAUGGAGUGACCGUGACGGCGCACACACUCCCCGAGGUGGCCACCACCACAUUCAGCGGGACCCUCCACCGCAUCAGCGCGGCUCCUCAGGCCCUUCCCUCUUCGUCUUUGGCGACUCCUUUGUCGGCCCUUUCAAGCUGCUCAGUGAUCGGUACUCCAAGACGCAGACGUUCAAGGGCAGCAGCGCCAAGUCGCUGAAGCAGGUGUCGAACGAAUUGGUCCCACUCCUGAACAGGCUGCUUGCACCUCCUCCAUACGCCUACCUGCCGCCAUCAGGCCGGUACGCUCUGCUCAUCUUCGGUAACCAUAAACCUCUCGGCCCCGGGACAUGGUCUGACGUACCUGCGGUCGCGCCAGCGGCAUCGGAGGAGAGCGAGACGGAACGGAUCCUCGCGAACGCGACAGAGAAUGAGGGCCGCGGUCCUGCACUCGGUCCUGAACGGUUCGUUGAUACCGUCCUGAAGGCGUACACGACCUGGCUUGAGCGUGAGGUCGUCAAUGGUCCUGUUGGGCGCCGGGCAGCUGCCAUCGCCGCCCCGGAUGCGCCGGACAAUGUCCGCCGCCUGCCCCCGACCAAGGUGCUCGUUGCCGCCGCGCUGCCGCCACUGGUGCAAGACGAGACGCUGCCCCGUAUCCCUCAGAAGUAUGUCGAGCGCCUCGAGGCGGAUCACGUCAGUGCGCAGCGUGCAUUCGAGCGCGGUGAGAAGGCGCCUCGUUCCACCACUCGCUUGACGCCCGAGACGAUCGAAACCGCCAUGGCGCGUGCUUCACUGAACGAGAGCCCAGUGGGUAAGAUGACAGUGCAGCAGCUACUCGUCCACGACCCGCCGCUCUGCACGAAGCCUGUGCGCAUUGAGAUGACGGAGCGCUUCAACCAAGGACUGAAGGCGUUCUGUGAGCAGCACUCGAAUGUGCUCGGCUACGUCGACAUUGCUGAGGCGAUGCACAACGUCGACUCCGAAGACGCCAAAACGAUGGCGGCGAAUGGAGCCACCGAGGCAGACAGGCUGGACCGAGAAGUCUCGCGCGCCACUUGGGCGUGCCCCGUGGACCCGUCCAACAUCCAUCCGCUCUGGGAGCCGACGCUCCCUCUCUGGCUGAAGGCGCUCAAGGCGCAGGGAGUGCCGACCGACCAGUUCGCGAUGAGCGACGAUGCCGAAGCGACGUUCAAGGCAUACGAGGAGGACAAGCGGAGGAGGAUGAACCCGGCCUUUGCGGACAAGCCGGCGGAGGCAGUCAAGAUCAGGGAGGAGGAGUGA